AUGCCUAGGUAUGGUGCCCUCGUCUUCUUCCCCCGCAACACACUGCCUGGCUUAGAACUCCUGGCUACGUUAGCACUAGCCAGGCACGUUACCAAUGCAACGCCCCCACACUGCCGUCCCACAUCAAGUUUAACAGUACUCCAUGCCAGCCCUCAGUGUCAAGUGUCGUGGAUUCGGUCACGUGAUUUGACAGUAUUAGCAGUGGAUCAGCUGACAGUCACCACAGACUCCAGGUUCACUGUGGUGCACCCUGAGGAGACUGAAGACUGGCUGUUGGAGAUACAUGGGGUGGUGGACACGGACGAGGGCACGUACGACUGUCAGGUCAACACUCAUCCCAAGAUCUCCACAAAGUUUCACCUCAAGGUCCUCCCUGACAGAGGGCAAGUGUCUAUCCUGGAUCUUCCUGUGUCAGAUACUGGCGUUAUCUCUCAGUCUGAAGCAGUGGGCGCCCCGGAAGACGACUCAGCGCUGCGGGUACGGGUGCUGGGACAGCGGUGGGUGCGGCUACCUACAGGAGGAACGCUACAGCUGGUGUGUGAGGUAUCAGGGAAGGCACUAACGGAGCUACACGAGUACUCUCUCCUCUACAGUGAUCCUCUCAUUUCGUGGACCCUCGACGCUAUCCCAGUCACUUCACUCUGGCCCCAUACUAAGGUUGUGGUUCGGGAGUCGUGGGGAGGCGAUGUAGUGGAGUCUCAGCUGGAGGUGAAGACGCUGCAUCCUUCUGAUGGAGGAACCUAUGCGUGUCUUGUGCCCCACGCUCAGCCAGACCGCGUCACACUCACUGUCACACAAUCUGUAGAGACUACGUCGAAGUUGGCGUCAUCAGACCAGGGCGGGAAAUCAAGAUACGGAAAGGCCCCAGGAGCAGAGCAGAGUACAGCAGCAGGCGCAGCAGGGAGGGCGGCGUGGAUCAGCGGGGCCAUCAUCCUCCUCCUCUUGCUGGUCCAGGCGGCCCUCUGUAUCUUCUACAUCAAGAAAGUCUGAGAAUUUGGUCUCUCGAGUGUGUGUAUGGUAAUGCCAAAGGAAUACAGAGACGUUUAUUUUUUAAUCCGUGGUGGAGGCUUCCCUUGAAGUGGUGCGAGCUUCCUGAGGAGAUUAAUCACGUGCAAUUCAUAUUUCACUUUAUGAGAGUUUCAGGGACAUUUAGUUUUUUACUUUACAGCAAAUUAUAAGAACUUCCGACUGUAAUCUUAGUGUCCAUUAAUGGAUAAUGAUUUGGGCCUCAGGAAAUGUUUACAGCUUUGUGUUGGGUUGUUCUUUAGGAUAACUUAAUGUAUUGCCUGUGUAGCCAGCUGGUCAUGAUUCUCAAGCUACCUGUCCCCAACCUGUACUGUACGGGGGACUAUAUGGUUUCUGUAACCUUAGUCACCUCUACUCCAGUUGAAAUUAGGUUAUGAAAUAUAUUAUUGAUGUUUUCUUCUACUUAAUAUUAAAAAAUCAUGCAGAUAAUACCAGCAUGGAAGCGACAGCCGAAGCUAUAUACACAAAAUAUAUACGUAUACACCAGUGUAUGUGUGUGUGUGCAAUGAUAAUUAUGCAGCACAAGACGUUAUUUGAACAAUGUUUUGCUCUGAGUAUAGCUUUUUCAAGUGUACUUACGAGCAAAACAUUGCCCAAAGACUCUGCAAGCUUUUGAAUCCAAAUCACAGAACGGGUGGGGCUCCAACUCAUGGCACGAGUGCCGUAACACUGCUAGGCCAGUGUGCUAACCACACAGGUGUUGGCGCUACUUGUGUGUAUCAAACACAGGUUGACGUUGCGCUCUUCAACAACUGCAUAGUUGUAAACAACCCGCCUUGUACGAUUUUAUCUCAGGAAAGACAUUUUGAAGUUUGUAAUUUGCAAGUUCCUGAUGUUCAAAUUUUUUCAUAACAUGAUAAAUUAGACACAUGUUUAACACUUAGGUAUCUUUAUUGUGGAAACGUUUCGCCACACAGUGACUUCAUCAAAAAAAGAAUGGUUGAAGAUCAGGAAUUUGAGGUAAUCAGUCACCCAGCCUGGAAUCGAUUUAAUCAGUACCUCAGUUUUGAUAAAGCUGCUGGACUAAUUACACCAAUUUUGAUAACACUGAUGGACUGAUUACAUCGACUUAAGUUAAGGGACUGACUACCUCAAACUCCUUCUGAUCUUCAAUCAUUCUUGUCUGUAUUGGACUGAUGAAGUCAGUGUGGCGAAACGUUUCCACAAAUAUACACAAGUGCUACACAUGUGUAAUUCAUCAACUUGUCGGUUCUUUGAACUAUUUAUCUACAUUUCAUAACAUUCAUCGCCUCACCAUACGCUUAUUCCUCUGCAAUAUAUUAAAAAAAAGGCAUUAGACCCAUUUUGGUCAUUCAGCGCCGACCUUUUCAGUAUAUUUUUUUAAUAAAUCAUCUCAGUUUUGUUUCUUUCACGACCCAUUCCUGUUUUAACACCCACAGUUCAAACUACAGAUCAGAAGUCAUUUUAUAUCAAUAUUAUACUUUAAAUGUAUUGUAUAUUAUAUGUUUGGGAUAAUAUAUUAGUUUGUAUAUUUAGAAUUAUCUUAAUACCUGGUCAUCUGUACUGCGUACUCCGGAAAGAGUAACGUGUAGUAUUGUUGGUACAUUAUUAUAUUCAAGAUUAAGACGUAUACCCCUAAUGGUCAUACAGCGCUUGGGAAAUGGAAGGUAAUCAGUUUUGAUCCGAGGAAGGGAAGGGUAGCUCCAUUUGAUUAUAUCAAAGAGGUUUACACAAAGGCAACCCCUACAUGAAGGGUUUCUGUAUUAUAUUAACCCCACGUAGCCUAGCCACAUGAAUAAAACUUUCAUCAAGCUUUUACUGGGAUGAUGUUUCGCUGUGUCGAGCUUUAUCAAGAGUAAACGGUUUUUCCAAUUAAAGCUUGUAAACGUUAUGUCUGUUAUUCACUAUCAGAGUUUGGUACCCAUCCCCCCACUACUAAACUUAGGUCUUGCCAAGCGAGACAUUUAUUACGACUCUCCAGGAACGUUAUCCCGCCAACACAAACAGAUCAAGGACACAAAGGGUAUACAAAGUGAACGUAGGAAACUUUGGAAGAACAAAAGCGCUGCUGUAGGACUACUGGACCUUGCUAGUAGAAGUGACUCAUGAAGGCAAGUUUAUUGCUCUAAGAAUGAUUCUUGCUUAUACGUCGGUGAUGAUCAAGCUGCCGUUUUCUUGCAUAAUUAGUAUUUCAAAUGAAACAUUGAUGUUUCAGGGUAUUCGAGUGUUGUGUAAAAGGUAUCAGAGUAAUGUGGUUUAAGACGAGUUCAAGGCAGGAGCGGAUCUACUAUGAAACUAAUGAAGCUUAAGCUUGAGGGCCCCUAAUACCGGAGGGCCCCCAGAAGCCACUAUAGUCCACAUUGCUUAAUUUUUUUUGGGUCUACUGUAUGAGAAGGGUUUUCUAAAAAAAAAUAUUAAUAAUAUAGUGUAAACAGAAGUUAAAAAAUAAAAGGUUAUGAAAGUAGGCCAAUCGUUGCUGUUUGCGAAGGGGCCCCCAUGAAAGUUCAAGCUUCAGGGCCCCAAAAAUGUAGGUCCGCCACUGGCUCUAGGUACGAUGUUCUAAUGUUCUUUCACGAGUUAUAAAGAUACCAACUGAUUUCUUAAUAUACAACUGUAACACUUUUGAAUAUUUGGGGUCGCGAGUAAAGUCUGAGCAAGAAUCAAAAUAUUCUUGUUCGGAGCAGACAAGACAUCUUUUUGUUUGUGUUGUAGCAUUGUAUCAAUAUUUAUGGUGUUCAGUGGUAUUAAAACCCACGUCAUGAGGCAUCACUCGGUGAUGCAGUAGGGAAUCGGUUCAGUUGAAACACUGAUUUCGGCUUAAGGUACAAAGUUAUGAUGUUCCUAUUUUGUUUUAUGCAAUACGGAAGGAAAUGUUGUUCCCUUGAAAGUUAGCCUAUAUAAUUUGUCAAUGGAGCGAGCGAGGUAGACGUCGGCACAGAUUCCGAGUUAUUCUUCGGGUAGAUUUAAAGCAUUUUUCCCAUGAAAUUUUAGAGAAAUGAAAGAAAUUUUGAGAUAUAUUUUGAACGUUCAGAUUUAUUUUUAUUAUAUUCCUGGGGAAGCGCUAAAUGUAUAAGGGUCACAGAGCGGCUGAUUGUUUGGAUAUUGACAUUUUGGAACAGAGAAAAGUCGGGUAAGCAUUCAACACGGAAAAAUAAGGAACAUAUAAAAUUGAAGCUUGAGUAAAUUUUCAGUAUUCAAGAAAAUAAACUUGUUUAAUGCAAAUUUUCCCGUCACCGAGAAGAAAGAACCAAAAGGUCCUAAAUUAUCCUCAACAGCAAAGUAUUUAAUAUACAAAAUAUUAGAUUUCAGCUGAAUUUUCCACCUUAAAAUGCAAUUUAGAGUUUUGAUUUAAAAUAAUUUAAAAGAGGGCGACCCAAGAAUGCAAUGAGUAAUAAAGUCGAUAAAGAUGAAAAUAGGAGGAGGAGGAUAUAAAGAAGGAAUAAGUAAUGAAGAGCAAUUUGAGUGGGUGAGAGGCUCUUGAUCCAAGGACAUGGGCCUAUCCUUCUUUUCCUCGAAUCGAAACUGAUUCUCCCUAAUUAUCUAUGUGAUGCUGGACCCUUACAAGUUUAGCGCUUCCCACUUUGAUGAUCUGUUGGGGUAGUUUAUUUUUUUUAUUACCCAGAGGGUUACUAACCCAGGGUAACCCAAGAGUAAUAUACCCAGAGGGUUACUAACCCAGGGUAACCCAAGAGUAAUAUACCCAGAGGGUUACUAACCCAGGGUAACCCAAGAGUAAUAUACCAGAGGGUUACUAACCCAGGGUAACCCAAGAGUAAUAUACCCAGAGGGUUACUAACCCAGGGUAACCCAAGAGUAAUAUACCCAGAGGGUUACUAACCCAUGGUAAUCCAAGAAUAUCCUCACCAGGGUAACCAGGGUUACCCUGGUUAAUCCAGGGUAACCCAAGAUUAAUCACAGAGGAUUAAUAACCCAGGGUAACCCAAGAAUAUCCACAGAGGGUUAACCCAAGACAUCAAAACACUGUCUUUAUUUCCGAGCAUUUAAAUGAGGGUAAUGAUUCAGAAAAAGUCCAGCGUCCGUGUCAACACCACCACCCAUGUUUUAUGGGUGCGUCGCGUACGUGUCCUGUCAUGUAUCUGGUGCCAGGUACGGGUCAUGUGUAUCUUCUGUUACGUAGGUACGCAUGUAUUUUGUCACGUAUAUGUCAUAUACCUGGUGUCAUGUGCCUUGUCACGCACGUGUCAUAGUAUGUAUCAUGGGCCAUGUAUAAUUCUGAAUUGAGUCUGUAAUGGCGUAGGGAUACCCUGGAAGCUUCGCCCUUACAAGAGGUGGCGUAGAGAGACCCUGGACGCUCCGCCUUUACAAGAGGUGGCGUAGGGAGACCCUGGACGCUCCGCCCUUACAAGGGUUCCAAUAGUCAUAAUUAAUAAAAGUACCAUAAAUAUUUUUUUUUAAUUUCAUUACCCUUUACCGUCUUUUUCCACGCAUGUUUAAUAUAGACAAUUUUAAAAGAUCACCGCGAGGUGUAUGUCUCGACGUAUAUAUACAGAGUGUUUUAAUUCCUAAUUUAGUGGUUCAAGUGUAUGUGACUGCCGGCAAACAGGUGACAUUCAGUGUUAAAGACCCUCUUGUAGUCGGCAGGUUUCAAA